ACACAUUGUCCUACACAUACAGCACAAAAGGCAAAGCUAGUUUUUUCCAACAUUUUAGCAAACGCCUCAACAUCUAAAAAUGGUUGCAUUUUCUGCUCAAGAGAUGGCUUUCAUCUUUGGUCUUCUAGGUAACAUUGUCUCGUUUCUGGUGUUCUUGGCACCCUUGCCAACCUUCUAUACAAUUUUCAAGACCAAAUCAUCUGCGGGGUUUCAAUCGAUUCCAUAUGUUGUCGCACUUCUUAGUGCACUCUUGCUUCUGUACUAUGGCUUCAUAAAAACCAAUGCUAUUUUGAUUGUCACCAUCAACAGUAUUGGAUGUUUCAUAGAAGUUACAUACCUUGCAAUGUACAUUAUAUAUGCUCCCAAGAAGCAGAAGAUUUCGACUUUGAUAAUGAUACUCAUUGCUGAUGUUGGAGGUUUUGGCUUAACCAUGUUGGUCACCAUCUUCUCCAUGACUGGAAUCAACCGUGUUCGUGCUGUGGGUUGGGUUUGUGCCAUUUUCAACAUUGCAGUGUUCGCUGCUCCUUUAAGCAUAAUGAGGAAGGUCAUAAAAACCAAAAGUGUUGAGUACAUGCCAUUUUCACUGUCCUUGUUUCUCACCCUCUGCGCCACCAUGUGGUUUUUCUACGGGCUCUUCGACAAGGAUCCAUUCAUUAUGCUGCCAAAUGUGCUAGGAUUUCUGUUUGGCAUCACCCAAAUGAUCUUAUACAUGGUAUACAAGAAUUCUGAGAAGAAGAACACGAAAGCCAAUCGUACACAGCAGCAAGAAAGUGAGGGCACAGUGAACACAAAAGAGUGUGAUGACACUAAACAUGAUUUCCCUUCGGUGGUGGAAAUGAAAGAGAAUCCACUUGAUCAAGUUUGAAGUUAUUAUGUUGAUAAAAUUCUAAGGUCCAGCGUUGGUGCAGGACUAUAAAUAGGCUUAGUUUUUGAAUUCUGAAUAACUAAUGUAUGGUAUCUAAUUACACUGUUGAAUAACCGCUUUUGCCACAUGGCAUGCAUUGAUUAUGUAAUAGCUAAUGAUUAUAUUUCUGGUUGAAGUAUAUGUUUGUGUUCUUAUUGAAA